AUGGACUUCAUGAACAGAAUAACCAAGAUAAAAACCAAGCCCAACGACAUCCUGGUAAGCUUCGACGUGGUUUCCCUGUUCACCAACGUCCCAGUCCAAGACACUCUGGAUAUCAUCAGAACAUCCAAAGAGAUUCCAUCCACCCUGUUCCCAUUAAUAGAACACUGCCUCAACUCCACCUAUUUCCGGUUCGAAGGAGAAUUCUACGAACAAACCACGGGAGCAGCAAUGGGAUCCCCGAUAUCACCCAUCAUCGCAAACAUCUUUAUGGAACACUUCGAGAAUGAAAUCCUGAAGAAGGCCCCACUAAAACCCUCCACAUGGUUCCGGUACGUGGACGACACCUUCGUCAUCUGGAACCACGGAAGGGAAACUCUACCUCAUUUCCUCACUUUCAUUAACUCCCAACAUCCCAACUUCCAAUUCACAAUGGAGACCGAACAGAAUUCCCAAAUCCCCUUCCUGGAUGUCCUGGUCCGUAGGAACGAAGACGACACCCUAAGCCACAACGUCUACCGCAAACCAACACACACGGACCGAUACCUCCACGCAAACUCCCACCAUCACCCCGCCCAAAAGAAUUCGGUAAUCAGCUCUCUAGUCCACAGAGCACUCUCCAUCUCGGAACCAGCCGCCCUGAACGGAGAGCUAAACCACCUUCACCGAAUCCUGACCAGGAACGGAUACAGCAGCAGAAACAUCAACC